AUGGUGAAGGGAGGGGAGGAAUGGAUGAAGGGCACUGCAACUUCUUGUACAGUUGUAGGAGCUCUCAUUAUUACCAUUAUGUUCACUGCAGCAUUCACUGUUCCAGGUGGUAACGAUCAAAAUACGGGGUUCCCAAUGUUCUCACAUAAAAGGUUAUUUACGGUCUUCAUCAUAUGCGAUGUAUUAUCACUUUUUUCUUCAUCAACUUCAGUAUUGGUCUUUCUGGGAAUCCUUACAUCACGUUAUGCGGAAGAAGAUUUUCUCGGAUCCUUGCCGACAAAGAUGAUAAUAGGACUUUCCACUCUUUUCUUCUCAAUUGCAACUAUGAUGAUCACCUUUUAUGCUGGUAUUUGCAUUAUACUACCCGGAAAAUCAUGGGUGACCAUUCCUGUCAUUUGUCUUGCUAGUGUUACAGUCAUCCUAUUUGGUUUUAUGCAGUUUCCCAUUAUUUUUGACAUGAUCAAGUCAACAUAUGGGCCUAGUAUCUUCGAUAGGAAAAAGAAACAUUUUUCUUAA